GUUACCUGCCCCGUAGUCACAUUAAUCUUAGGAGAAAUGUCUUACGGAAUAAAAUAAAAUUCAUACCGGACUUAUAAACAAUUUAACAGAUCAUGUUAUUUAUUUGUAGGUUAAGAUUGGAAUGACAACGGGGAAAGCUUCAUAAAAUUUUAACCAGAAUCACGAAAGAGGAUUGAAAGUAAUUAAAUUACCACCCAAAAAAAUUGAAAAAAAAUAAAAAUGAAAGGGAUGCGAGAAGUAGAGGGAGUAGAAGUAAAAAAGCUGGAGAAUUUUCCGUUUUCUGCCAUGAAAGUACUUGGUGGCAUUCAGAUAGGACUCGGUACAGCCUGUAUGUUUCUUGGUUUCGUGGAUCUUAUAAUGUUUGUUAUUAUUGGAGAAUCUGAACUACUUACAGUCCAAGUAGCCCUAGAGGCUAACAAAACUGCCAAGCAAUUAACUAUAUCGUCUACUGGAUUAUGGUGUGGACUCUGGUUCAUCCUAUGCGGUGUUAUGGCUAUAAAUAUCACAGAGAAAAAGAAAACAAACAUUUUCUGUUACAAAAUUAGUUUCAUGGUUCUGAGCAUCGUUUGUGGAUCUCUCUUUGGUCCAGUUUGUUUGUUUGUAAAUGCAUAUGCAGCUAUAAUACGUGAAAAGUUGUUUACAACCAACCUCAAUUGGAUGGUUCCUCUUCUAGUAGCAUUUUUUGCCUUAGUCGAGAUUGCCAUAGCAGUAUUAUCCUCAGCUGUCAGUUGUUGUUGCUCAGCUGUUUCUGAAGCAAAGGUUCGGGUGUUUAUCCCAGGAGGAUUUCCUUCACCACCCUUACGCCAAAAAAGUAACACGUCAAUGGAUUAUUUCACCACUUCAAAGAACAGGAACCCAGUCAAUAUAGCUACAACAAAGAGAUUGGAAUGGCCAGAAACCGGAAUGUUUAAAAACAACAAUAAACAACCACUGGGAAAGAUAUAAAUGGUACAUCGACGAGAUUUUAAAAAUGUGAUAAG